UGAGGAGCCGCGACCUAGGCACUGUUGCCGGCGCGCGGCUCAGUUCCCGUCCGACGCUCGGGCCGCGCGCGUGUCCUCGGACCGACGACCUCGCGCGCUCUCGACGUAAUGACCGUCCGUCGAAGGAGGCAGCAUGCUCCGGUUUAGGUCGCUCGGCCUCGCAGCGAUCCUCGCCUUCUGCGCCCUGGCGAGCUCAGCUGCCGGCAGGUCCUGGGACAUCGCCGUGGCGAUUGGUCAAGAGGUUAACUUCCACUCUGCGAACGGUACUCGCACCGGUCAGGUGAAAAUCACGAAGGCCGUCUCGCUCAGGGGCAUCGCUUACGACGAUGUCCAACGGAAUAUGUACUUAGCCGAUGCCGGAAACCAAAACGUCACGAUCUACACCGUCAACCUCUCCGAGGGCAACUCCACGGUUGACGUUCUCCUGGAAAAAAGGGACGGGACGCAUAUCUGGGGAAUGGUCUUCGACACUAUCUCGAGGACGCUGUUCUGGACGGAUGUGGGGCGAAGCGUGAUAGCGAAGAUGCAUCUCCCGGUGGAAGGUCGCCCUGGAGAGCCCAGCAUCUUGCACAACCUGACGGGAGCGGAUCCGAGGGGGAUAGCCCUGGACCUCUGCAACAGGCACAUCUACUGGACGAACAGCAACUCCACGAACCCCAGCAUCGAGAGGUCCAACCUGGACGGGAGCAGCCGAGAGCUGGUGGUGCAGACGAACCUGUACGAGCCCCUGGCGGUGGCCGUGGACCACGGGACCGGGAAGCUGUACUGGAUCGACGACGAAGAGGGCAUCCACUUCAAGGUGGAGCGCAGCAACCUGGACGGGCUCGACCGGGAGCUGCUGGUCCACGGGAAGCACCAGCAGCCGGUGUACAUGGCCGUGGACCAGGGCUCCGUCUUCUGGACCGACUGGGUCUACGGGGCCGCCUGGUCCAUCGGCAAGACCGUCCAACCUGGCGACGUGCCCACCAGGUUCCUAAAGUACUUCGAGACCAGCAGGGAGUACGAGCCCACCGGCCUCGUGGCUCGCGACAAUGUCGGCGACUCGGUCGACUGCCGGCAUCUCGUUGAGCUCUCGAGGAUGGUCAUCCCCAGCCCGGACUCGCAGGCCCAGCCUGACAGGGACCUCUACAACAACCUGACCACCAGUACCGAGGAAACCGACUCUUCACCUAAAUCCAAGGGCGAAGAGUACUGUCUGAACGGUGCACGGUACAGCGAGGUGGAGGACACAUGUCGUUGUGAGAAAGGGUUCGAGGGCCCCAGGUGCGAGCGGUCGGUCUGCCAAAACUACUGCCUAGCCGGAAGGUGUUCCUUGACGACCGCGGGGAAGCCCAGGUGCGAAUGCAAUCAGGGACACUCGGGGGGGCGCUGCGAUGUCGACCUCUGCAGGGGGUACUGCCUAAACGGUGGACGGUGUUCAUUUCGCAAGGGGCAGCCCUUCUGCGAGUGCGCGUACUCCAGGGGCCAGCGGUGCGAGGAUGCCUCCGACCAGGACGAGGUUUGCGCCCUCUUCUGCUGGAGCGGAAGACCCGCGGUUAGAAGCAUCGACACGAGCCUCUGUCGGUGCGACUCGCUGAACGAAACCCGCACCGUGGGUGUUCUUCAAGAUGCGGAUGGCCUAGACAAGGAGUUGCUCGCGCCCAUCCUCGGCACCAUCAUCGGCGCCCUGGUCAUCACCGUAGGAGUGCUUAGCUACCACGUUAACAAAUUGCGGCGCCGUCCCCGGGUGAAGAAGCGCUUCCUGGUCAGCAGGAACGGGCUGACCCCCCUAACCUCCAGGCCCAGGGUCCCCGGGGACCAGUGCGAGAUCACCAUCGAGAACUGCUGCAACAUGAACAUCUGCGAGACGCCCUGCUUCGAGCCGAAGCUAAGGACGUCCCUGUCGAAGAGCGGCCGAACAAAAGAAGAGAAGGACUCGCUUAUAGACAGCAUGGACGGCGGAUGCUCGUGAUGACCGCCCUCGUCGGUCAGCGAUCUGGUUCCCAGGACACGUGGAGGUACCUGGCCGCCUUCCCCGUCCAGACGGCGAGGCCACGUGGAGUCCCUCGACCUCCUCCUCGGGGUCGCGUGGACUUCUCUCCCCUCUUCGGACUUCUGUCCGAAGACGGCGGUUGCGUUUCUUAUCUCGCGAGGAGAUAGCGGAAGAAAAGACUCUCGGUUAGUGUCGUAGUUGAUGAUCGUCGACGAGGCGAAGGCCGCUCGUCCUGUUCCUCGUCGAGGUCGACCCGAGGCGGGCGGACUGAUUUGAGGCUAAUUUACACGGUGCCAGUAACUCGUACGAGUCUUUACACGGUACCAGUAACUUGUACGACUCUUUACACGGUACCAGUAACUCGUACGAGUGACUAAGUGAAUUUACACAAUACCAGUAACUCGUAUGAGUCACUAAGGCAAAUUUACACGGUACCAGUAACUCGUACGAGUCACUAUAGCGAAUUUACGCGGUACCAAUAACUCGUACGAGUUACUAUAGCGAAUUUAUAUGGUACCAGUAGCUGGUACGAGUCACUAAGGCGAAUUUAAACAGUACCAGUAACUGGUACAAAUCACUAUGGCGAAUUUACACGGUACCAGUAACUCGUACGAGUCACUAUAGCGAAUUUACAUGGUACCAGUAGCUGGUACGAGUCACUAAGGCGAAUUUAAACAGUACCAGUAACUGGUACAAAUCACUAUGGCGAAUUUACACGGUACCAGUAACUCGUACGAGUCACUAUAGCGAAUUUACAUGGUACCAGUAGCUGGUACGAGUCACUAAGGCGAAUUUAAACAGUACCAGUAACUGGUACAAAUCACUAUGGCGAAUUUACACGGUACCAGUAACUCGUACGAGUCACUA